GCGUAAGUUGGAACAGUACUGUAACCUAGCCUAUGAUGAAAGUUAAAAUAUAGAUGGGCUUUCCAGACCUGAAAAUUAACUCACUAGCUAGCAAUGGAUUCCGUUAAUAUAACAACUGGAAUUGAAACAGGUAUACAACAUAUGUCAGAGUCCAUGUUUGUGGGCCUUUGUCAUACAUUGGGGACCUCACAACAGGUGGCAAUGCGGAGAGAUGUGAUAGACAUUCAAGAGAUGGUGAGGAAUAAAGCAAAUGGAAGUAAUCCGAACAUGAUGUUGUAUAGUGGAAGUCGCAGAGAAGGGUUCAGAAUAAAAGGAUCUGAUACGGAUGUUAUGUUUUGGUUUAACAACUACAAAGUGAUCUGGGACUUAUCUCAGACCCAAUUUUACAAUGUACACAGACAAGUCCUGAUUCUCUCUGUCUCUUCUGAAAGUCCACCAGGAUUUACUUUACUUCAAUUAUUGACACCAAGAGCAAACAUCAGAGUUUUCUCAGCAUUAGUCACAGUGAAUGGUGGACUUUAUAUAUCUAGUUCUAAAUACAGAGAGAUCACAUGUUCUGCCAUAAUGCCUAACUCUACAGUACAUGGUCCAUGUGGUAGUGGAGCUAUAGGGCCACUAGAAUAUGACACUGCUCAGUGUUUUGCUUGUGACUUUUGGCCUCCGUCUGCCUCCUCAUGGAUAGACAGGUGUCACACAUGGCCCCAGCCACAGGUUGUUAGGGACAUAGUCAGAAGUGGAUGUCACUUUGUAGCAAUAGGACACAAAUUAGGAAAUCAUGAAAGCAAUGAAUGGAGAAUUUCAUUUUCUCUGGCAGAACAAAAACUUGUGUACUCAAUGAACCACUGUCAAUUUUUAACUUACGGUUUACUGAAAUUGUUCUUAAAAGAAGUCAUUAACAAUGGAUUAGGUGAUAAUGAGAAAUUACUGUGUUCCUAUCACAUGAAGACAUCAGUUUUCUGGAUGAUUCAACAAAACACAAUACAUAAUUGGUGUCCACAGAAUCUCCUGAAAUGUUUCUGGUACUGCUUUAAACUCAUCCUUAAAUGGGUGUAUGAGGGAGUCUGUCCAAACUUUUUCAUUCCAGAAAACAACAUGUUUCUCAGUAAUAUCCAUGGUGAGACACAAAACAGAUUAUUUGUUAGACUGUUUGGUUUUUAUGAAAAAGGUUUAGCUUCCCUGCUACACAGUCCCUCCCUCAGCUCCCAUAUUAUAAAUGUCCUUUAUAACCCCAGACUCAGUGUUUGUACAGAUGAACACACUCUGGUAUCUGAGAUCGAGUUUGAUAAAGAAAUUUUUUGGGAGAUGUAUACCAAAAAAUCAUUACCCUCAUCAGACGUCUACCUCAUUAUGAAUUACGUAAACACCGUGGGACAGGUGAGAGUCUCACCCCUGACACAGUAUCAAGUUCUCAUGUUACAGUUACUUACAGCCUACCUCCUUCACAAAGCUGCUUUUACAAUACAAAACAUGUACAGCAGCACCACUGAAAACAAGCUGAUGUAUAUUGCUGACAGAAUGUCCUGUCAAAUGUUGAAACUCGCAGCCAAGUUUGGAUGUAUUUCUUACAGGUUGUACAUUGCAAUGUAUUAUUACAAGACACUCAGAUACACAGAAGCCUUGUCUAUGAUAGAGAUGACAAAGGUCAACUUAGCACAGUCAUAUGUGAUGUAUAACUGGACAGUAGACACAGAGAGGUAUACUGAGGCUGUAGGGGGACAGUCCUGGUCUUCAAAGUUAAGACAUGCUGUAGCAUUGGAUAUCACAUUAAACAACAGAAUCAUUUAUAUCAAUGAAUUAAUGACAGAGCAGAUGGUUUCCUUACAGAAUCACCACAACACAUUGAUAAUCCCACCCUUAGUUGUGUUACAUAUGCUCGAGUUCUUGUGUUACAGACAUAUUGACACAAUGAGAGCACAAACAGCUCUUAAUGAUCUGCAGGUCCUAGUUCACAAUGAUCAGGGGCUAUAUGUAGGUGUGGACUCAAGAGACAUAUCAUGGCAGAUCCUGGGUAUCUGUCAACAGAUCUCGGGGAACCUCCAGGCUGCUCUAUACUCCUACCAACAAGCACUCAGACAAUAUCCAUGGCAUAAAAUACAAAGUGCUACACUAAUGAGAAUACAUGAACUCCAAUAA